CCCAGAUCGUAGAACCGGACGACAGGACAACGGACGGCAUAACUCCUUAAAAAGUCGACAUUUGGACCUUCGGUUGCCUCGCACGCUGCCAUUUAUUCUGCUUUCUAUGCCAGGCAAUUGAUCAAAGUUAUUCCCCCCAGGUAUUCGAACUUAUCACUGGCCAAAACCUUUUCGAAUACGUGCCUUACCCGGAUCGUGGUCUCGACGCUGCUGCAGGACACUUGUGGCAGAUGAUAUGCUUCACGGGUGAGGAUUUUCAGCCUAAGCAGGUUAAAUGGAGCCAACGGAUGAUUCAAUAUUUCGAGCGAACGACUUGUGUUCUGCCAUCUUUUCUCAGAAGAGAUUUUGCUCUACACCAUUUACAUUCAGGUUAUCUCAAACAAGAUCCGCCUACAUUCUGGAACCCGCUCGAGAAAUCAUUGAGGAACUACAAGGUCGUCGACAAGGAAGAUGUGCUGAUUACAGCAGCCUUCAUGCGGAGAUGUUUGGUUUGGACCCGGAUGAUAGGCCAUCGGCGGAACAACUACUUGAUGAUCCGUUUUGGGAAGAGAAGAGUAUUUGAGAGGAACCUUUACGCUCGUAGGUGAAGGUGCAGCCCUGUUGAAAUUUACUUCUUACAUCUGAAAAUAUCAAAUAUCCUCUCUCUGUGUCUGACCAACGAAGCGCAAUACUUUGGGAUGGGAGGCUCAAGUAUUCAUUCCCUCUGAUGUGUUCAGAGGGCGUACAACACCUCUUGCAUUACUUGCCACUGCUCGCAGCUAAGCCAUCAUGGACGAAGUCGACUUAGGAACAGUGAGCAGAAUAAAAACUCCAUCCUUCCUCAGCCAAAGAUAGAAUGUAAACAUUGACAUGUUUCAUU